UGAGAGUGAGGCCAUGAAGCAUAUGCCAAUUGAUGCCAACAAAGUUUGAGAAUAUAAAGAAAACUGUACCAUAACUCUUUUGAAAACGUGCGUGGCUGCACGAAAUAAUAAUUUAAAAAAUAAGAACAAAUCAAAUUACGAAAACGUGAUCGUCUCGUGUGAUGUGUUAAUUUGGUCUCUGGUGUCGUAGCUCUCCAUGCUCUCCACUCGAUGCUUUUUGGCGGAUUUGAGGCCAUCGUAACAACAUGAUACACAAGUUCUGCUUGUGCUGAGUCCGUCAUCACUCAUCAGUCUGUCUGUCUCACCUGUCAUCACCUGCCAUCUCAGCAUCACCAGACAAAAAGCAUUCCAUCUCAUUGGAAAAACUACUGAUGUCGGCCGAGUUAUGGAUCUCCCUUUUUCCCCUUUCUUUCAAUGUCCUCGUGUACGCUCAUGUGAAUGUGGGUGCAAUCACGAGGACACCCUUUACCCCUAUCCGUCUGGUGUAAUUUAACUCUUAAUCGGAUGGAUGGAGCAACUGUGGAGGCCUGGCUGUAUUUCCCAGGCAUAAAGGUGAGUGAUGCUCAUGAACGCACCAAUCGAAAAACAAGAAGAAUUCAACGGAUGACGGAAUGAUAGCCUAUACUACGCCAUUGUCACGACUAAUUCAAACUUUCACCGAGGUGAUGCGCGCGCCAAACACAAAAGUUACACGCAGCACAGCACAAACAACAUCUGCCUGCGCGGGGAAACAGAAAACCACAGACGUAUGGUGUUUCCUUUUUUCUUCCUCCAUAACGAUGGGGGUUUUCGCAACCAGCCAGCCAUGCAUCGCAGUUUUUUUUUCUGUUCUGUUCAAAACAAGGAAGAGGAUUACUGCUGUGUUUUGGCGACCAUUUUGGCACUAGGCGAAAAGUUCAAGGAGAAAAAAAAAAUAACUAUUAAAUAUAAUAACCUAAAAUAUCAUUUGACCGGAUAGGAAAACGGCCCAAAUCACCCCACGUGUGGUUGUAGACGCAGGUUACAACAACCGUUUGGGGCUCGUCGGAAACAACAUUGAAAUGGACGCCGCUGGGCCAAUAUCCACUGGUCCAUUCAGACCCAGCACCAAGCCACCAAGGCAGGUGGGAGUUGAUGGAAUCGUUCCAUCCUCUAUGGGGGCAACUCUACAUAGGAGGCAGGUAGUAGACACAACACAGGAGGACGUAGAGCCCUCCUCCUUCCUUCCGAAGGGUUCCCACUCUAUACGCUUGAUGGUCCUUAUACGUUGCGCUUGGCCAUCAAACGAAUGAAGAGAGACGACGGCGGACCCGGUGCCGGUGCUGCUGGUGCUUGGGUAUAUGGUGGACAGAGCAGCAGGUAGAAGAUUCAUAGUACGUCUCGGACUCGACACCGGUCGGUUGUGUGCCUUCCUCAACUCUUCUUUUAUUUGGCUGGUUUAUUCGUUGGCCAAUUCCAUCAUCCGUCGUCCUCUCGGCCCAAAAUUAUCCAACUACAUUUUGACAAAUAAGUGACGAACAACAUUUUCAAAGUUCGUUCGUCUCUUCAGUUUCUAUCGGUUGUUUUAUCUCGACGCAACCAGGCGAAACAUUUUUCACGGUGCCGCCGUUUUUUGGUUUUUUAUCUUGGAGAAGAAGAAGAAUAAAAAACACCUGUACACACAACUUGAGAGGGCCAAAUUCCAAUCAAAUCAAAAGUCAAAGAAAAAUGACUUUGACUUUCCGCCUGAGUUUGCUACUGCUGGUGGUCGGAUGCUGCUGGAAUGGGCCGGAGCCGGCCGAGUCGGCCAACAUCCUCUUCUUGUCGCCCAUCACGUCCUACAGCCACACGCACUUCUUCUUCUACACGAUCAAGGCGCUGGCUGGGCGCGGUCAUACGGUUACGCACUGGAACGGUCUAAAGCCCAGGGAGGACAUCGGCAACGUCACCCACCUCCACUCUGCCGGCCUGCAGAAGGUCAACAGCCGCCACGAGAUCGGCUUCGACGCCAACAAUCCUGUCAAGCUCUGGCUCAAGCAUCCGGAGCGGAUGGCCAACACAUGCCGGACCUGCUACAACGAUCCCGUCUUCCACCAGCUGAUGACCAGCCGCGAGCAUUUCGAUCUCAUCGUCAUCGAGGCCUUCAUGAACGAGUGCAUGCUCCCGCUGGUCCAUCACUUCCGGGCCCCAUUCAUCUACAUGAGCGGACUACCGCCACUGCCCUGGAUCCUGGAAUCCACCUGCACGCCCAUGUCGACCCAGGAGUACCCUGGACUGGUGACAGACUUCACCAGCGACAUGAACUUGGUCCAGCGAACCAUCAACAUCGCCGUCAGCACUAUGAUGGUCUACUUCAGGAAUUGGCUGAUCUUGCCCAGGGUGGACGCCGAGGCCCGCCAGGCCUGGAUCAACUCGACCGAACCGCUGCCCACCGUCAAGGAAAUCGAAAAUCAAUUGAGUUUGUUCAUCACCAACAGCCAGGCCAGCAUCAAUUACCAGUACUUCAAGUCGUCGACCAUCGUCGAAGCCGGCGGCCUUCACUUGCGCCCGCCCAAACCCCUAUCAAAGGACGUCGAGUCGUUUGUGAAUGGGUCGGGAGAUGCGGGAUUCAUCGUUUUGAGUUUCGGGUCGAUCGUUCACGGGUCGGGCAUGCCGGAGGCGACCCGUAAGAUUUUCGUGGCCGCUUUCUCCCGUCUGCCGCAGCGCGUUCUCUGGAAGUGGGAGGACGAGUCGGGCAUGAGCGAUCUGCCGCCCAACGUCCGCCUCUACACUUGGCUGCCGCCACUCAUCGACCUGCUGGCCCACCCCAAGAUGCGGCUCCUCAUGACCCACGGCGGACUCUACAGCAACCAGGAGACGGUGUGGAGCGGCGUCCCGCUCAUCGGAUUCCCGGUCUUUGGCGACCAGACCAACUACGUCGUCAAGGCCCAGCGCGACGGAUACGCCCUCAAACUGGACUGGAUGACCCUGACGGAGGAUAUCCUCUUCGACUCUAUCCAGGAAAUCAUCAACAACCCAAAGUACAAGGAGAACGUGCAGAAACUGUCAAGUUUGAUGAGGGAGCAAAUCGAGAUGGACCGUCCGCUGGAGCGGGCCGUUCACGCCAUCGAGCACGUCGCCCGCCACCACGGAGCCCCACACCUGCGCCCGACUUCGUGCAAGCUCAACAUGCUCCAGCGCGAGUCGAUGGACGUGACGUUACUCCUGGCCCUCAUCGUCGCCGCCCUGGUCUACCUGGCCGUUUGCUGCCUGAAACUCACCACCUCCAAAUUCUUCAGGUGGGCCAAAGCCGAUCGACUCGGCAAGAUCAAAACCCAGUGAAUUCAAUCCGGCAGGAGAGGAUCGAUGUGGAAUCAAAAGAGAAGCGCAAGAAUUUCGUGGUGAUUUUAUUCCGUUACAAAAAUAACCGCAAAUAAUUUUUUUUUUGUAUUGACACUGGCCAAUCUCUAUUUUUUAGUUAAAGCAAUAUUAUUAAUCAAAUAUAGUAUCGGCCUUUUUUUUUUUAAAUAUGCUAAUAAUUUUUUUUCUCUCAUCCAUUUUGUUCAUUUGUCUGUGCGCUCGAGUAUAUCAUCAAUCCCAUUUUAUUAUUUGACAUUUGAAUCAUUUUCUCUUCGCGCCCUUUUUUUUUCCUCCACUUUCUAUAAUAAUUAUCUUAUCCAGUAUAAUUCUGGUGUGAAUACUCUAUUGAAAAUAUACGAGUACAACUUUUUGUUUGCCUAUA